AUGGCAGCUUCUGCUCCCGAACUCUCGCACCAGCAGCGUUUCUUCCAAUUCUUCCAACACGAGAUCACAGCCUUGCAGGAACAGAUGGACCGACUCGCAGAUACAGCGUUGAUUGGUGGCGAGCGCACUGAUGCAAUGGACCACUGUCUCGCCGGCAUAACUCGCCUGUCUGCUGAGCUAAAAGACGCAGCAGGAUACCUGCCGCCGUACGAUCAGAGGACCUAUGGUGAAGCCGUCAAAGCUCUGCAAGAGAAACUUGAAGAGACCAGGAGAUCCCAUGCUCCAAAGCCCAAGUUCUCGUUCAAGUCAAAAAGCCCCUCAGCUCUGUCGUUGAGUGACGCUGCAGAGCUGGCCGCCCAGAAACGCAAAGUGGGAGGACCUGGGUUCGCGUCCCCGUCAACGAAUACCUCCUUCGCAAACACCCCGAGCUACAUCAAUACACCUGCCAAUGAAGUCGAGCAAGAUGAACAGAAGACUAUAGAGGAGAAGGAAGCCGAAGAGAGCGCCGAGCGAGCGACUCAGGCCUCGGUCAACACAGAAACAAAACUACAACCGCCGCCCGCAGAUCCAGCAAAGAACAUCGACCGGCCGUCCUUGACCACAACGACGACCUCUACCGCGAUAUCCAAUCAAUCCAACACCCAUAUCAUCCUCCCUUCGUUUGCGAAAAACGCCCGCACGCCCUGUUCCCUCUCGAAGCUCUCUAGAUGUGUAGUCGAUCUCUCCGUUCCCACGACAGCAAAUUCUCCAUUUGCGUCCAUAACAAUCACGUCUGUCACCUCUUCAUUGCUGCUAUGUGGCUCAGUCUCCGGCCCCGCGCACAUCACUGGGGUGAAGAACUCCGUACUGGUGAUCAAAUGCCGCCAGUUCCGCAUGCACGACUGCGAAAACGUGGAUGUCUAUCUACACUGCACAAGUCGACCUAUCAUUGAAGACUGCAAGGGCAUCCGCUUUGCGGAAUUGCCAAAAUUCCAUAGUGAUCUCAUCUCCGCCUUGCAAGAAGACCCUACCGCUGUGCCGAAUCAAUGGAACCAGAUCGACGACUUCAAACACCUAGACGCCUCGAGACCAUCUCCAAACUGGUCGUUACUUCCUGCUGAGAACAGCGUCCCUGACGAGUCGUGGCGUGAGAUUGUGCCCGGCGGACCCGGGUGGAGCGUGAGCGAUAUACUGAAAGCCGUGCACAUUGCCGUCGCCAAGAGCUAA